AUGUACUCUGGUAUUUCCGACAGACGAGCGUUUCCACGUCGGUCACCAGCACUGAGAACUCCUUCACUGCAAACCUCCACAACAAUUGAAUAGAAGGAAGCGCUGCUCGCUGACUUUUUCCUCCUACAAAGACUCACUUCCCUUCAGCUCUUCUGUUCUGCUCAUCUGAAGCUGGAGGACGCACGAAAACUGCAGCAGAGAAACAUGGACGCCCUGAUUCUGGUUUUAUUGAUGCUUGUGAGAUUCAGCUGUGUGUCAAGUUUCCUCAUCAUGUUGACCCCGAAGAGGUUGUGUCUGUUAACCCAAAGUCAGGUCGUCAUCCUGGGACGCUGUGAUGUCACUAACUCCGCCCAGCAGUGGGCAUGGGUGGGCGGAGCCAGGCUGAUGCACACUCAGUCCUCCAGGUGUCUCUGGGCCGAUCCCAGCCCCCACCUGCCUCUCCACGCCCGCCUCGCCAAACUCAAAGACUGCAGCAGAGCACCGGCAUGGAGCUGCUACAACACGAAUGGAGCGUUUGGAUUGGCUGAGACACACAUGUACCUGAAGAAACAGGGAUCACGGGUGGUGAUCGGAGGAAACCUGCAGACUUCAGCGUGGAGGAAGUAUGAUGUCGACUCAGGAGGGAAUCAGCUGAUGACGUCUUUAUGCCCCGAAACAGACACAACUCCUGUCCCCACCAUCUUUUAUUCUUCCACACAUAAACCACUGGGACUCUCCAGCACCGUCUACACCAUCAGAAGUCCUGCCAUGACUGUCAUCAGUGAACGAUUAUCAAAUACAGUAAAAACCCACAGAACCACCAGACAAGUCACCACCUUAGAAGUCCACAGCUCAAUAAUGAACGAAGCUUCAACGUAUGUGAACGAUAUCACCAAUCCUCGAACCAGGAGGUCAGUAACAACAGACUUCAAUCCUGAUGUUUCAACUGCAGUCACAGAGCUGUCAGCUGUAAAUGGCAGCCAUAUUGUCUCCUCGAGUCUGGCUGUAUUCACGACUGACCGAUCCACAGACGUAUCGGAGAGUCUCCCUCAGCUCAGGACUGAAGCCAAGACGACAGCAGUACACCAAGAUGUUUCUUGGUCCACUUCCUCCUCAACUGGAAAUGAACCUGUGUUGACUGAAACUGCAGCUGUGACUCUGGUUUCCUCAACAUUUUCCUCAGAGCCAAACACGAGUGACACUGCUGAUCUUCUGGUCACCUCUGAGGUCACCUCUGAUGCUACUGUUGGUUUAUCUGCCGUUUCUGACACAGAGUCAAACCAAGAUACAAUUUAUACAACACAUUCAACUACUGACAAGAAGAUAACACACAAUAAGACCUACCUUUCAACUGCAUCCACCACAACUACACCUCCUCCUACGACUGCUCAUGUACCUUCAACAGGAGAUAUGACUUCUACAUCAAUCAUGGAGACAGAUCCACCAUCGACCCCUCAAACCCUGCCGACGAUUUCCCAAUCUUCACCCACAGUUACGUCGUCCCUGCAGACAGUCUUUACAGUUCAUCCAAAAACCGCAGCGAGCACCACGACUGAAGGUGCUCCACCAACGUCUCCAACAGCCGGGGUUAUGUCUACAGGAAGGAUUGCCACCUCAACUCCAACUAUCCCACCUACGAGUCUGACAAACACAUCUACAACCACAAACAACCCCACUACCACCCCUGUGACCACAACCAUUAUAACCACAAACAACCCCACUACCACCCCUGUAACCACAACCAUUAUAACCACAAACAAACCCACUACCACCCCUGUGACCACAUCCAUUACAACCACAAACAAACCCACUACCACCCCUGUAACCACAACCAUUACAACCACAAACAACCCCACUACCACCCCUGUGACCACAACCAUUAUAACCAAAAACAAACCCACUACCACCCCUGUAACCACAACCAUUACAACCACAAACAAACCCACUACCACCCCUGUGACCACAACCAUUAUAACCAAAAACAAACCCACUACCACCCCUGUAACCACAACCAUUACAACCACAAACAACCCCACUACCACCCCUGUGACCACAUCCAUUACAACCACAACCAAACCCACUACCACCCCUGUGACCACAACCACUGGAACACCUACAACCACAGAAAGUGCAACCAUGACGACCACAGCCAUCAUAACCACUCCCACGCCAACCACACCCAUGACAACAACUAUCAAACCCACAUCACCCACCACUCCAACUACCACCACAACCAGUACAACAACACCUGCAGCUACAACAACAACCAGAACAACCACAGAUCCUCUUCCUCCGACUACAAUUACACUUCAAACCACCAUUACACCUGUCCGGUCCCGCUGCUCCGCAAACUUCACAGAAAUCAGAUCCGGCCCAGAUUCUGUUGUGGUGAAGUUCACCACCGCCGGUCUCUCCUGUAACUUCACCCUGUUUACUGACGAGGACUCCCGGGCUGAUCCCACUGACUGUGACCCGGAUGGAGAGUCCGGGGACACCUUCAUCUGUCAGGUCCCGGGUCUGGAACCCGGGACUUUGUAUCGGUUAACGGUGAUUUCCACUAAGGAUGGAGAGAGGACCAACGCGUCAGCGCGCACGGACCCGGUCGGUCCGGCUCAGCUGGACGUUGAGCUGGACCAGGUUCAAAGCCAGUCUGUGGACCACAGGGGUUCUUCAGGUCUGCGGGUGUUCUGGUCUCGUUCUGCUGGUCAUGUGGACUGGUAUGAUCUGACUCUGGAGGACACCAGCUCCGGAUCCACCCGCAGUACCAGAAUUAUGGGUUCUGCAGCCCCCCAGUCUGGUUUCAGCUCCCUGGUCCCCGGCACUCUGUACACCGUCAGUGUGGCGGCUACAGCCGGGAACAAGAGCGCUCAGCCUGUCUACAGCUCAGCAGCUACAGCUCCGUCGUCUGUCCGCGGCCUCCAGGUGGCGUCCUCGUCCCCUGACAGCCUCGGUGUCUCCUGGCAGGCCGGUCCGGGCAGAACGGAGCGGUUCAGGGUUCUGCUGACGGAUCAGGACAGGGUUCUGUUGAAGAACAUCACUCUACAAAACACCGUGACCUCCGCCGAGCUGGACGGCCUGCGGCCUGGGACCCUAUACACCGUCACCGUGGUAACAGAGGCUGUCGGCCUGCAAAGCUCCGCCUCCAAACAGGCUGUCACAGUCCCAGCAGCUGUGUCCGAUCUGAGGCUGGACAACAACGGCAGCUCAGACAGUCUGCAGGCCUCCUGGGUCUCACCUGAAGGGGGUGUGGACGUCUACCUGGUGACCCUGUCGGCUCUGGGAUGGACCCCCCAGGAGCGUCGCCUGCCUCCCAACAUCACCCAGGUGGUCUUUGAGGGUCUGACCCCCGGUCGCAGCUACCAGCUGUGUGUCAGGACCACAGCUGGAGGCCAGAGCUCAGAGACCAGGACCAGCGGGAGGACAGUCCCUCAGCGGGUGUCGGCUCUCUCCAUGUCGCCUCUCGGUGACGGCAGGACACUGAGCGUCAGCUGGUCGCCCCCCACAGGCCACUGGGAUCACUACAGCAUCCUGCUGAGGAACGGCUCGGGGGUUCUGGUGAACCAGACCAUCGGUAAACUGAGCAGACAGCACACGUUCUCUGUCCUCAGUCUGGUGCCGGGACGGCUCUACGAGGCAGAGGUCACGGUUCACAGCGGCGCUCUGGGUAACACGGCGCGCUGCCACGGACGAACUGGGUCAGUUAACACUGCCCCUCGUCCCGUGCAGCAGCUGCUCGUCCGUCACGCCGAUGAAACCGCUCUGAGCGUCCUGUGGACUCGACCGGUCGGCGAGUGGGACGACUUCACUGUGGUCCUCAGACAGGCGGACCCCGCCAUCGUCGUGGCUCAGAGGAUCCUGUCCUGGGAGGCCAGAGAGUGCACCUUCAACAUCCUCACCUCAGGACGCCUGUACAUCGUCACCGUGACGACCAACAGCGGCAACCUGACCAGCUCUGCCUCUGUGACUGCACGGACCGCUCCGGCUCAGGUCACCAGGCUGCAGGUUUCUAACGGCGGCAGCACCGACAGCCUGCAGGCGCAGUGGGAACGAGCCUCUGGAGAUCUGGACUGUUACCGCGUCCUGCUGGUCCACGACAGCAGCGUCAUCAAGAACCAGAGCGUGGAGGCCGACGCCACCAGCAUCGGCUUCCACGCUCUGAGACCCGGAGCUCUCUACAGGGUGGUGUUAACCACCGUCAGCGGCGGACAGACCUCCAGACAAACUGUAGCAGAGGGACGCACCGUCCCGGCUGCAGUCGGCGAGGUAACGGUCAGUAACAACGGUCGUACGGACUUCCUCAGCGUGUCGUGGCGCCCGGCUCCAGGUGAGGUGGACAGUUACCUGGUGACGCUGAGCGACCGCGAGAAGACGCUUCACACUGUCUCUGUUUCUACAUCCAGUCCAGAGUGUGUGUUUAACUCUCUGGUGUCCGGACGUCUCUACAACAUCUCCAUCACCUCCCGCAGCGGCGUCCACCAGAACCACACCUUCGUCCAGGAGAGAACACAGCCGUCAAAGGUCCAGAACCCGACAGCGACCCACGCCGCUCGGGACGACUACCUGAAGGUGUACUGGCGUCCCGCCGCUGGAGACUUUGACUUCUACCAGGUGUUCAUCAAACACAACAACAUGUUCCUGCAGAACAAGACGGUUCUGAAGACGCAGAACGAAUGUGUGUUUAACGGCCUGGUGCCCGGCAGACUCUACACCGUGCUGGUGAGCACCUGGAGCGGGAAAUACGAAACCAGCGCCUCCACCCACGGCAGGACCUUCCCGGCGGCGGUCCAGUCUCUGGUUCUGGCCGGUCGGGGUACUGAGGACCUGCGGGUGACGUGGUCGGCCGCUCCGGGUGACGUGGAUCACUACGAGGUGCAGCUGCUGUUCAGCGACAUGAAGGUGUUUCCUCCGAUCACUCUGGGCAGCGGUGUGGGAGAGUGUGUCCUGUCAUCGCUCACACCCGGACGGCUCUAUAAGAUCCUGGUCUCCACCUUCAGUGGCCCCAACCAGAGGGCCCAGUUCAUAGAGGGCCGCACAGUUCCCAGCAAAGUGAAGAACAUCCACAUCAGUAACAGUGAAGACAGCAGCAGUCUGAAGGUGAGCUGGACUCCCGGUCAGGGCGAUGUGGACAGAUACUCUGUGUUUCUGUACAGACAGAACAGACAGCUGGACGCCCGGCUCGUCUUCAAACACCAGAACGAGGUGACGUUCGGUUCCCUGCAGCCCGGACAGACGUACAGCGUGACCGUUCAGUCUGUCAGUGGAGAGCUGCUGAACAACAACACAGCCACCGGACGCACAGUGCCCUCAGCAGUGUCUGGUCUCCAGGUGGAGGACCUCCACUCCACCUGCAGCCUGCAGGUGAGCUGGCAGGAGGCUCUGGGUGUGUCUGAUGGAUACGUCCUUCAGCUUCUGGAUGAAAGAGGCAGCCUGGUGACAAACUCCUCUCAGCCCUCCGGACACACCAGGUACAGGUUUGACGGCCUCACCCCGGGAAAGAAGUACCGAGUCCUGGUCCAGACCACCAGUGGGGGGGUCCACAGCCUGGGAGUCAGCUUAGAAGCUCGGACACGUCCUGCAGCCGUCACUGAUCUGUCCAUUAAAGCCAACACCACCACCAGUCUGUCCUUCCACUGGUCUCCACCAGAGGGAGACUUUGAGCUUUAUGAGAUCUUCUUGUAUAAAAGCGACGACUCGCUGCAGGAGAGACGACACGGCCAGUCCAGCAGUCAGCAGUGCUCCUUUCAGGGUCUCAGACCUGGAGCUCCGUACAAGAUGGUGGUGGUGACCCACAGCGGGGAGCAGAGCAACCAAUCAUCCAUUUGGGCCAGGACAGUCCCAGCAGCCGUGGCGUCUCUGAAGGCUCACAGUGGAAACCAGUCUGAUGCUCUGUGGGUGAACUGGGAUCGGGGCAAUGGUGAUCUGAGCGGGUACCUGCUGACUCUCUACAACCUCGACGGCUCUCAGCGGGCCAAGCAGCAGCUGGGGUCAGAGGUCACCGAGUUCGUCUUCUCAGACCUGGUACCUGGUCGACUGUACAAAGCCGAAGUGCUGAGCCUCAGCGGAGAGCUGAGCAACAGAGCCAGCACACUGGGCAGGACUGCUCCCAGACCUCCCACCUCCUUCCUGUUCGGGGGGGUCACCAACACCUCCCUGGAGAUCACCUGGAGCGGCCCCGUCGGCUCCGACUACGACGACUUCGACCUGCAGUGGACUCCUCUGGACCAGCUGUCCGUCAUCAACCCGUACCACAGCCGCACCUCUGGUAGCCGCAUCCUGAGAGGGAUGUUCCCCGGACGACUCUACACCUUCAGCCUCCGCAGUGUCAGCGGGGCCACGGAGCCCGGGGCCACACCCACCUACAGCACACCCAUCCACAACAGCAUCCGAACCAAGCCGGAGCGAGUCCACAACCUCCACUGUCGCCCUCAGAGCUCCACCUCCAUCUCCUGCUCCUGGGGGCCCCCGGAGGCUGACUACGACUCCUACACCAUCGAGUGUCUCCACCAGGACUCCCAGAUCCUGGUCUAUUCCCGACGCACCGGCCGAGACUCCACCGCCUACCUCAUCAACCAGCUGGAGCCCCACAAACGCUACACCGUCUCAGUGAAGGUGAUCUCGGACCAGAUGACCAGCGAGGAGGCUCAGGACAGCGUGGUCACCAUGAUCGACCGUCCUCCGGUCCCCCCCCUCAGUACCCGGGUCAGUGACAAGUCCGCUGUGGUCACCAAGUCCUCCAUCUUCUUCAAGUUUAACUGCAGCUGGUUCAGUGACGUCAACGGAGCCAUUAAGUUCUUUGCUGUGGUGGUGACGGAGUCUGAAGGAUCUGGUGACGUGCCGCCGGAGCAGCAGCACCCUCUGCCCUCCUACCUGGACUAUCGAUCCAACAGUUCCAUUAAAUCCUACCAGACCAGUUACUUCCCCAGUCACUGCACCGAGGGCCCCGACAGCAGCUCCCACAGCUUUGAGAUGAAUGUGGGGACGGGGAUGGACUCACUGGGAGGCUCCUGUGACCACAGAGACUCAGGCCGAGAUCCAGAGACCAGCAGAGACCUGAACUUGUUCUGUGACGGACCACUGAAACCCAAAACUGCCUACAGGCUCAGUGUUCGAGCUUUCACUCAGCUGUUUGAUGACGAGAAAAACGACUUCACCGUCAGGUCUCCUCUCUUCACUGAUACCUACCUGUCGCUACCUGUGGUCACCGAGGCCGAGCCUCUGAGCGGUGUGAUCGAAGGCAUCAGUGCUGGCAUGUUCCUCAUCGUCAUGAUGGUGGGAGUCACCACUCUGCUCGUCUGCAGACAAAAGGCUCGCAAAGUAGUUGAGGAGAGAGCGACAGUAAGGAUGAGUGUGAGGAGAGAGAGACUGACAUCAGGAGCUCAUCUGGGGGUCAGAGGCAACCGUCGAAUCUCCAGUCCCAUCAAGAUCCUGAACUUUGAGUGUCACUACAACAAACUGCAGGCCGACUCCAACUACCUGCUGUCAGAGGAGUACGAGGACCUGAAGGACGUUGGUCGUAAUCAGCCGCUGGACUCGGCUCUGCUGCCGGAGAACCGCGGCAAGAACCGAUACAACAACAUCCUGCCCUAUGACUCAACAAGGGUGAAGCUGUCCUACGUGGAUGAUGAUCCGUGUUCCGACUACAUCAACGCCAGCUACAUCCCUGGGAAUAACUUCCGUCGGGAGUAUGUCGCCACACAGGGUCCUCUGCCGGGAACUAAAGAUGACUUCUGGAAGAUGGUUUGGGAGCAGAACAUCCACAACAUCGUGAUGGUGACUCAGUGUGUGGAGAAAGGCAGGGUGAAGUGUGACCACUACUGGCCCUUUGAUCAGGAUCCACUGUACUACGGAGACCUGAUUGUCCAGAUGUUGUCAGAGUCUGUUCUUCCUGAGUGGACCAUACGAGAGUUCAACAUUUGCAGCGAGGAGCAGCUGAGCUUCACUCGGCUGGUCCGUCAGUUUCACUACACAGUGUGGCCGGAUCACGGAGUCCCAGAAACUACUCAGUCACUCAUCCAGUUCGUCCGGACUGUCCGGGACUAUGUCAACAGAAGUCCUGGAUCUGGACCCACCGUGGUCCACUGCAGUGCUGGUGUGGGCCGUACAGGGACCUUCAUCGUUCUGGAUCGAGUGCUGCAGCAGCUGGACACCAAGGACACGCUGGAUAUCUACGGCGCCGUCUUUGACCUGCGACUUCACCGAUCACACAUGGUGCAGACUGAGUGUCAGUAUGCGUACCUCCAUCAGUGUGUUCGUGAUGUUUUGAGAGCCAGGAAGCUCCACAGUGAGCAGGAGAACCUCCUCUAUCCUGUCUAUGAAAAUGUGAACUACAACUCCCAAAGAGAGAUGCUGUGCACCAGACGUUAAAGAUUGUAUUGACCACUGAGCUACUGAGCGAUAUGUUGAGCACUACUGGGAAACAUGGCAAUUAUAUUUUUCUAUCAAUGUUUAUAUAAUGUUUAGAGAAAGACUUUAUGAUUAUUUAUGUAACAUACAUGAUUAAUGACAACAGAACUGUACAUAUCCUUCCAUCAUAUCUGUGUGUCUUUGUAGAUAUUUUACAUUUCGAUAACAGCUGAUUUUUAAAUUGUGUUGUCUUGUUUUAUAAGCUAUAAUAUUUGCACAUUACAGUUAUAACAAAUCAUACAAAACAAAGCUUAUCACAUGCUUCUCUAAACUCUGUGUGAUGCUGAAGAUUGCAGUUUCCUGUAUGUUCAGAGGAUGAUGAUGAUGAUGAUGAUGAUGAUGAUGAAGUGAUCUGCUGCCUUUAUGUUUCUGUAAAGACAAACUGCAUCAUGUUGUCAAAAAACAGCUGAGCAGCAGCUCCUCUGUAGUGGUUCAUAAUGAAUGGAUGGAUUACUGAACAGGCCCCUACAGGGCACCAGGGGCCCCGAGGAGUCAGGGGCCCCAGAACCAGAGCCUCUGUUUAAAUGGACUGUUAUAAACUUCACAGAGCUCAGUCCUGCAGUAAACGUUAUACAGAGAGGUGUUUCUGUUACAAACUGCAUCCUCCACAGUGAUCCUGCAGUUUAAUUAACACUGAACAUUAUCUGCAGGUUUCCUCUCAGGCUGCAGCCCUGAGUACUGUCUGCAGGCUUUCUCUCAGGCUGCAGCCCUGAGUACUGUCUGCAGGCUUUCUCUCAGGCUGCAGGUUUCCUCACAGGCUGCAGCCCUGAGUACUGUCUGCAGGUUUCCUCUCAGGCUGCAGCCCUGAGUACUGUCUGCAGGCUUUCUCUCAGGCUGCAGCCCUGAGUACUGUCUGCAGGUUUCCUCUCAGGCUGCGUAUGAACAUUUUAACAUUGUUGUAUCUGGCAGCUAGACAAUCAGAGGACACUUUUAAAGAGAUUAAAAUAAGUACUGGUGGAAAUGACACACUUGAGUGUGGUUAACCUGCACAAUGUUACUGUAAAGUAAUGCAAAAUGACCAGGAGGAAAGCAGGAUGUGUGAUGUGUCUGUGCCCAGUGGGCCGUUCUUCCAUAAUCCAUCCAGGUCAUAAUGUUGUCACUGUACAAAUAAAAAGCCCCUGAAAAUGUGAUUUCAAACCUGGACUAUUUCUCUGUAACAGGAAAUGGUCAUGAGGAUUUACAACGACCAAAAAUCACAGCUAAAGUUAGGAAAAAAACAUCCGUAGGUUUUAUUUAUUAAAAGUUUCACACAUAGAAACGUGUGGGUGUGUUUCGAUCAGAUUUGAUUGCCAACACAAAGGUAACCACCAACAGUCAUCAGAUUUACAUUCAAAUGUUAAAUUCUGAUUAAAAAUGAUAAGCGCUCAGAGAAAUAACCCCAAAAUAUGUUUGUGUAGAACUCAGUCAUGCAUAAUGAGAAGCUCAUGGCUUUUAAUGUUCUUGUAUCAGUGAAAGGAAAAUAUAUUUUUUAAUCAUAAAUGUAUGUAAGAUAUUAUUUUAAGUGUGCAUUAUGUCUUUUUUUACCACAAGAACUGUGCUUCAUGUUGUAAGAACAUACCUUAUGCCAGAGCAGUUAAUUAAACACCUCAGAAGAUGUAGAAAUGUGUGAUUAUUCAUCCAUUAUCGAUGCUUACCUGCUCCGACAUGACUGUAAACUCACUGUGAAGGAAUGCUUCAUGACAAUGAUCAGAUUUAUGUCUCUCUGUAACAGUUUAUUCUUUGGCUGCAUAUGAAUUACACUGUGUAUGGGACAUAUGAUGACGCAUGUUUGUGGGUGUUUGAAUAAAACAAGUAAUUAUGUAUUUUCA